AUGAACGACGACGAUAGCUUUGAGUCUGGACCUCUGCGUGUCGGUACUUGGACGGCGGAGGAAAAGGCGUACAUGUACGCACUGAUGGACGAGUUCAAGAAUGGUUCCUUGGAUCUUGCAGAUGGUACCACCAUGAGAUGGUUCCUUGGCGACCGGCUUCACUGUGGUGUCAAAAGGAUUUCCAAAAAGAUGGAGGGAUACGAUUAUAAGGGUCGUCACUGCUAUCACAGGCAGCGGAGCUGUACUACCCCGGAAGAAGUCAAUGCGAGAAAAGAAAAAUUACAAGUGCUGAGAAACAAUUUUUUGGCAUCGUUGGAGAAACUGCGCCUUCCUGGAUCCAAAGCAUACAAAGAGGAACAAGCUAAGAAGAAGGCGUCAACAUCAAGAAAAACUCCCAUUAAGAGAAACGCUGCUGCAGUAGCCCAGCAACUGAAAGACGAUUCGGAGAGAGAAAGGGCGAACCUCCUGGAAGCGAUUGCGGCUUCCUCUUCCUGCGACGAUAACUACACACCACAGCGAGAACAACAAACGCAACAACAAGCUAGUUUUCCGUCGCGAGCUGCCAACUCCACUGAUGCUGCUGCUGCUUCUACUGCACAAGACAACCAAAGAAACCUCGAUCUUUUUGUACCCUUCCUGGAAAGGAAGAUUGCAGCUAGAAAUUCCAUACAGCUUCCUUUUGGUGUCAAUUCUGCCGGAACAGCUGGUUCUUUUCCACCAUCCUUGCUACUUGGAACUACCAAUCAUCACUCUACUUCAUUGGCGGCUACCAGGAGGCAUACCAGUGGCACUCCAUUUCUUACAGCAGAUGAUGCAUCUUUCCUGUCAAGGGCAUCGGCGCUGCCAACGACGGCGGCUAGCAAUUUGAGGAACGCCAUAGCGUUCAACCCGUUUUUGGGGCUAGGAUCCAAUACAGGGAUGAUGGCUCAUAAUUCCUUCUUGCACCGGACGACAAACAUGGGACGCGCUGCUAGUGAUCCUACGAACGCUAAUAGCGCUAGCUUGGUUCACAACCCUUUCUUCGGCAAUCACGACGGUCUGAGGAUGUGGAACCCAACGACACUAGCCCCGUCUUUUGCUUCAGCUGGAAUGACCACUGAAGUUGAUGUGACAACACGUUUGAGCAAUGGCUCUUCACUGCUGACCCCUCUCCAAUCUCGGACUGCCGCUGCUCUAAUUCCCAUGUUACCAGGCACACAUGCCGCAGAUGCGGUGAGGAAACGAUCCAUCCUUCAAUCUACAUUCGGGGAGUCAUCUUCCGACGAACACUCAUCCAAGCGUUCCAAAUGA